GGGAGGAGGAAGGCACCGGCUCAUCCGAACUCACUCUCCUUCCUGGCAACGAGGUGCCGGGGAGAGCAGCUGGGGAGCCAGGGAUCCUGGAGAUUGAGAGCCGGGGGGACAGGAUGGCCCCGCAGAGAGCUGUGCAGCUGUCCCUGAAGAAGCCCACCUAUGCUGUGUGUGUGGUGGGAGUCGAAACAUAUGUGGAUGUUUACAGUGAUGUGCCCAAGGGCUCUGUGACCUUCGGAAUCUCUGGGAGCUCCGGGGUGGAGAUCUUCAUGGUCUACAAUCCAGCACAGGUGACAAAGCCCACAGGCAAGACCCACUGGCCCCUGGGCGCCGGCGUGGACGUGAUCAUAUCCGUGGACACAGCCAGUAAAGAUUUAAAUGAUCUCAAGGUGAAGGUCUCCUACUUCGGGCAGCAGGAGGGCGGUGCCCUGGGCCAGAGCGUGCUCUACCUCACUGGCGUUGACAUCUCCCUUGAUGUCGACAUGGGCCGCGCCGGCAAGGUGAAGAAGAGCCAAGGUGACAAGAAAACCUGGCGCUGGGGCCCUGAGGGCUAUGGGGCUGUCCUGCUGGUGAACUGUGACCGGGAUAGUCUCAGGUCCAAGGGGCUGGACCUCACCAACACCCAGCUGACAUCACUGAAUGACCUGCAGGACAUGUCCCCCAUGGUGCUGAGCUGCGAUGGCCCUGACGAGCUCUUUGACAACCACAAGCUGAUCUUGAACGUGCCAUUUUCUGAUUCCAAAAGAGUGGGGGUCUUCUGUGCUAGGGGUGGGAAUUCCCUCUCCGACUACAAGCAGGUGCUGGGACCCCAGCAUCUGUCCUACGAGGUGGAGCGGCAGCCGGGGGAGCGGAAGAUCAGCUUCUAUGUGGAGGGGUUCACCUUUCCUGAUGCUGAUUUCUUGGGGCUGGUCUCUCUCAGCGUCAGCCUGGUGGACACCAAGACCCUGCCUGAGGUGCCCCUCUUCACAGACACCGUGACCUUCCGUGUGGCCCCCUGGAUCAUGACCCCCAACACCCAGCCCCCCCUGGAGCUGUAUGUGUGCAGUGUCGUAGACCUUCAUGGCUCAAAUGAGAAGUUUCUGGAGGACAUGUCUAACCUGGCAUUGAAAGCCAACUGCAAACUGAUCAUCUGCCCUCAGAUUGAGAAUCGAAAUGACCGCUGGAUCCAGGAUGAGAUGGAGUUUGGCUACAUCGAGGCCCCUCACAAGUCCUUCCCAGUGGUCUUUGACUCCCCUCGAAACAGAGGCCUGAAGGAUUUCCCUUAUAAGAGGAUCCUGGGUCCUGACUUCGGCUAUGUAACCCGGGAAAUCCCAUUCGUUGGUGCCUCCGGUCUUGACUCCUUCGGCAACCUGGACGUCAGCCCACCGGUCACUGUGGAUGGCAAGGAGUAUCCCCUGGGCCGUAUUCUCAUCGGCAGCAGCUUCCCCAAGUCAGGUGGGCGGCGAAUGGCCAAGGUGGUGCGUGACUUCCUGAAGGCCCAGCAGGUGCAGGCGCCCGUGGAACUCUACUCGGACUGGCUCUCCGUGGGCCACGUGGACGAGUUCCUGAGCUUUGUGCCCACCUCCGAUCAAAAGGGCUUCCGGCUGCUCCUGGCCAGCCCCAGCGCUUGCCUCAAACUGUUCCAAGAGAAGAAGGAGGAGGGCUAUGGGGAGGCGGCCCAGUUUGACGGGUUAAAGCACCAGGUGAAGAGAAGCAUUAAUGAGAUGCUGGCAGACAGACGUCUCAGGAGUAACAACCUCUAUGCACAGAAAUGCAUCGACUGGAACCGGGAGGUGCUGAAGCGGGAGCUGGGCCUGACGGAGCGGGACAUCGUGGACAUCCCCCAGCUCUUCUCCCUGACGGGCUCCUACGCAGAAGCCUUCUUCCCUGACAUGGUGAACAUGGUGGUCUUAGGCAAGUACCUGGGCAUCCCUAAGCCCUUCGGGCCCAUCAUCAAUGGCCGCUGCUGCCUAGAGGAGAAGGUGCGGUCCCUUUUGGAGCCUCUGGGCCUCCACUGUAUCUUCAUCGAUGACUUCUUGUCCUACCAUGAGCUGCUUGGAGAGAUCCACUGUGGCACCAAUGUGCACCGGAAGCCCUUUCCCUUCAAGUGGUGGCACAUGGUGCUCUGAGCCUACUCCCCAUCUGCCAUCCUCUCUGCCUACCUGCCAGGGAACCCCGCCAGGGUGAGGAAACUUUGCCUGGCCUCCAUCCUUUUGGGGGAGCCUUGGGUGCUUCCCCCGAGUGCCUGCAGAUGUGCUGGUCACGGUGGGUACCAGGACACACGGAUGCUGCCCAUCCUCGCCUCGAGAGUGGCCUACCCAGCUCGAGAAGGACCGCCUUUGUUCUUCCCUCUCCUCUUUCCCAUCCACAACUCCCAGAGGUUCUGGAAAAGAUCCAAAGCCUUAGCAUGUUCAAGGAAGGCUGUGCGCGGCUUCGACAGGUGCCCCACUUUGAAUAGCCGCUCCCCUGUUCUGACAUUCCCUUUGUGGUUGCACCAGGAAUGGGACCACAGGGCCUGGGGUUGGAUGUGAGGGCCCUGGGUCUAGGCCACCGGUGGCUCUUAUAAGACCAGGAAGAAGGAUCUGAGGCACCCUCUUGCCUUUAUCAACUGUCUUCUCCUGCCUGGGACCCCCAGGCGGUGACCCCCUAGCAUCAUAUUUACAUAGACAAAUAAGGACAGAAAACCUCAGCGUCUGGAGGCCUGUUUUAAAAAGAAAAAGCAACAACCCCCUUUAAUACCCAACUCCAGCCUCAGAAGAGUGCUUGUGACCUGUUUGGAAAGCCUUUAAUUAGGAAUGCUGGCUGCUUCCGGCUCAAAAAUGCUGAGAGGCCAAAGUGAGGCCUGAGGCAGGCGCACAGAGGAAGGCGGGGCAGGAGGAAAGGAGGCCAGGAGGCCAGGAGGCCAGGAUGGCAGAGGAGGCUGAGACAGGAGGAUAAGCCAGGGCCUGGCUUCUGCGCCCUAGGGCUCCCAGGCUUUGGAUUUAGGACUGAUUGUGAAGGGGUCUGGUCGUUCCAGAUGCAGAAAGGGGUGGGGCCCAGAUGUUAGAAGAGGGUGGGGGGAGCCAUUUAGGUUAUCUCUGAAGGUGGAGUUUAAUUUCCUUUAAUAGUCUUUAAUUAUUCCCCUUCGUUCUGCAGGCAGUGGGAGGUGAGGCUCGCCCAGUCUCUCUCAGCAGCCCAGAGACCCUGCCUGUAUUUGGGGUUUCACCUGUGAGUAAAAGCCCGAGGCAGGCCUGUGUCCCCUCCCAUGGAAGGGAAGGCUGAGCUGCCACUGGGAGUUAAUAGCCUGGCCCCAGGUGAGGUCACCGAGAUGUGUACAGGCAGGCUGCCCCAGACAAGCAUGGGCAGGAGGGAACUAGCCUGCCCUCCUCGGGGGCUCACAGCCCCCAGGCCCCCUGCCUUCUGGGUUUUCUCACUGGCCCGAGGUGAGACACAGGCUGAGCCAGCUGCCCUUAAACUCUUUUAACCCUGAGCGAUCAGAGGCUACCAUGGAGACCCCACGUAUGAAAAAGGAACUGCUCUGGUUUAAGGGGUGCGGGCCUUGUACCUGGAUCCUCCCCUUCCAGAAGGCUCUGUGGAACCCCAUUUGCAAAUCCCUGGUCUAACCUGUGCACUUUCUGCUCAUAAUCACCAUGCAGCCUAGACUGAGCCAAGAGAAGGAAGCUCUUCAGAGGCCAGAGGGGUGCAGCCAGGGUUGGGAUUCCCCAGGGACCCUGCUGCGGGGGUCAGGGGAGAGGAGUGGGCAUUGCAGAGAUGGGGAGGGUGGGGAGCAAGCCUUCUAGAGCGGCACUGAGCGCAGGAAGCUCUGGAAUUGCUGCUGGGCUGUUGAGGGGCAAGCCCUGAUGUUCCCACAGAGAAUGUUCCGGGUGACCGGUCACCUCCUUUCGGAUUAAUUAAAAUGUCAACAUGCCUUUCUUCAA